AUGGCACGCUUGUUUCGCUAUUUCCAGGGAGAUCCUGUUGUGACAUCCUCUCCCACUGAAGUUCGUAUGUGGGUAGAAGAUUUGGAUUACAAUUUUCUUUCAUACGGAGAAAUUUUUGAAAGUGCAGAAAUCAAUGGAGAGAGGUUACUAAACAUCACCAGGAAGCAACUUAAUGAACUUGGCAUAGUCCGCACUGACCAUCAGGAUAUACUGCUAAAAGCAGUUGCUCGUAUUCAUCAAAAGGGUAAAGUUGAAGAGCAAGCUAUGUCAAGAGAAGAUCAGAAUAUCAAAAAGAUGCCUACCAGAUUUGGAAAAGAAAAUGAACAACUUGAGCAUGCUAUUGAUCGUGUUCUUGCCACAAUAUCGGAAAGAAGACUGGCACGUAGUCUACAUGGCACUAAUGAACAGCCACCUCAUAACGUUCUUACAGCUACCCUUGAACUGGUUAACACUGUCAACAUGAUAUUAAACAUUCUGGAAAGGCCACCAUUUGAUUGCAUGUCAGAAUUUUCCAGUCUGAAAAAUCAUCUCAUUAAACAUAUCACAUUACUGAAACAUUUCUCUGAACAGGCUGAUCUUAGCCAUGAAAAUGAGUCUGAUAUAAUAGAUGUGUGCAAGAGUGUGGCUAAAAUGUGUCACUACAUAAUUUCUCUGCCACCUGAUCUUCCAAAACCAGAAAUACAAGUUCCAGGAUCUGUUCUCUGUGAAGAGAGACCAUCUAGGGUGCAAGUGCCAAUUACCAUUGAACCUGAAACAGUGAGUUCGUCAGUGAAAUGUAAACUUGAUUAUAUUCCACUCACUCAACAUCUAUCAAUGCCAAUAACUACAACAGUCUUAUCACAUGGACCUCCAAUUCAAUAUACAUCCCUUCUAAAUCAAAGCAUGUCUGAGAGUUAUUCAUCUUCACAAAGAGUUGACACUUCAAGUGAUGAAGGAGCAGUUACACUGGAACAUGAUAAAGGAAACAAAUAUGAAGCAGAAAUUUCUGAUAUAGAUGCAUCUGAAACGUUGGGGGGUUCUUUUUACUAUAAAACUCUCCAUGACCUUACAAUUAUUGAAAGUGAUACUCCUCUUAUGGACUCUGGUUCUGAAAGAUGUGUGAUUGAUUCUGACUCUGACCGAGGUGUUGUCUCAGAUUUUGAGAUAGAAGAACAAUCUAGAGACUCUGGAUCAGUAAUAUGGGAAGUAGAUUCUGACUCCGAAAAGUCUCCUAGGGGUUCAGACUCUAGAAAACACCUGUUAAAAGCAGAAAAUGAUCAAAUGGCUUCAGUCUCUGUUGAAGACUUGACCAAGACAGGGCAACAGCUGGUGAGGAUUGAACAGUGCCAGGUGGAAUAUGGAUCUCUGAAACACUGGGUACCCUCAGGCUCAGAAAAGUCCCUGGAAGAUUCUGACUCGGAAAGAGAUUCUGACUCUGAUAAUGAAGUGAAGAUAGAAGAAAAACACCAGAUGGCUUCAGAUUCUAUAAAACGUCUAAUGGAAUCUGAAAAAACAAUGAUGGAGACUGAAAAUUUCUGGAUGAUCCCUGAUCCUGAGAGUUAUGCAGUAUACUCAGGCACAGAAAAAAGUAGAGCAUCAGCAUCUAAGGUACAUCUGAUACAGGUGGAAAAAACAGAAAAGCAAAGACCUAAGAGAUAUAUGAUGGACUCUGACUCUGAACCAAGUGAGAUGGACUCAGAUUCAGAAAGAUGUGAGCUAGCCUCAGCAGCUGUGAAAUGUUUCAUGGGUAAAGAAACAUUUCAUCUGAGCACUGCUGUGAACAAGUUCCCAAAGGAUUUUUGGUCUGAAAGAACAGUGGACUCAGACUCUGAAAGCCCUGUGAUGUCCUCUGAUUCUGGGAAGCACAUGAAGAAGGCUGAAGCAUGCAAAAGUACCUGCAAUUUGGAAAGACUCAAGCUGGCUCACAAGUCUGAGUCUCUGCAUCACCGGUUAGACGCUAAAAGAAAACAGUUAGAUUCUGAUCAUAGUAGACACUGGGAUAGCUCUGGAAAAUAUCCGUUUAGGUCUAUAGUACCUCAAGAUAGCUUCGGAAAAUGUCAGGGUGACCUUCAAACAUUUCAGAGUAUCACUGAAAAAGAUCAAGGAGACUCCAGUUCUGAAAAACAUCAGAAAAAAACUGGAAAUGAACAAGAUAAAAAUGAACCUGAAAACAAAAGAUACCCCAUGAAGACAGAGAAGGGAGUUGAAAAUGAGGGGGUUCAAAUGGAUAAGGAAAGAGAAGGACAUCUCAUAGAGUCUGACCAUCGUGAUUCAGAAAAUGAAGCACACCGGCUUGGUGCUCGUAGAAAGGAUAAUCGUCCACCAGGUUUUUGGAGGCCUGUUACCCUGCCUCCUAAGCUUGGCCAGGAAAAGAAAACUGAAGAGCAAAAGUCUGUACAGCAAAAAGAUAACAGAGUUUGCAGAAUUCAGUUAGCAAGAUACAAGACUGAAGACAAAACUGUGAGAUUCAAAGAGGCAUCCUCAAGUCUCAGUGACAUGCAUCUCUCACAGGAAAAAGUAAAGAAAAAGCACAGCUAUAUCUUUUCUCCAGACUCUCAGACAUUCACAGAUGAAAAGUAUCAUGGAAAAGCCAGCCGGAAAAUAUCUGUCUAUAAGCACCAUUUCAGGGAGUAUAGAUAUGCCCAUGGUUGUGAGAGUUCUCGGUAUCAAAUUACUCCCAUUCCUCUAAGUUCUGAGACUUGCACCUCUAAUGUAUCAUCAGUUGUUGGCAGCCCAAAUUCAGAGAGUCCUAAAUCUGUCACAAGACAGAAGACUCGAAGAAGUCUUACAUAUUCUUUGGAUGUGGGAACUCAAAAAUGUGCCAGAUGUUUUAUGGACAUCAGUGACUCUUCUUUUCAUAAAUGCCCCACAAAUUCUGAUGAUUCUGAUUCUGAUUCUUCUUUAUAUGGCCAGAUUUCCUCAGAUUCUAAAUAUUCUAUGAGCUCUAAAACUGUUAGACACUUCAAGACUUCUCGAAAUAGCCGUUCAUCUCGAUCCCUGGAUCAUAAGCAUCAUGUGGGCAUCCGCUGCUCUCUGCAUGGGGAUGAUUUUAAAUAUUCUGUGGAUUCUACCUCUUAUUUACAUUGUGAAAGUUGUUCAGCUCUCCAAAAUCUUAAGAGCUCUUCUGCUACCCACACCAUUCCUAUAAAAUCUAAAAAAACCAUGGACAAACAUAGUACCUGUGGCCACAUAUUGUCAACACCAGUAAGAUUAUCUGAAAGUGAAAGCAAGUUCAACCUUACUGCCCAACCUCAAAAUAAGGAUAAUCCUGAUGACAGCAUUAUUAAAUUUAUCAGUGCUAGAAAUAUCCAAGAUGAGGCUGAUGUUGAAGAUAAACUUCUUUCCAAAGAUGAGACAGACCAUGAAGAUGAGACAAAUACUGAAGAUGAAACAGAUGCUGAAGAUGAAACAGACACUGAAGAUGAAGACAACAACAAAGAUAAAAAAGGUCCCAAUGACAAAUCUGAUCCUGAUGGCAGUGAUCCUAAAGAUGGCAACUCUGAAAAUAAUACUGAUAGCAAUAGUAGGUCUGAUCCUAGUGGUGCUUCCGGGCCUACAAGUGGACCUGAUUACAGCAAAGAUGGUGACUCUAAAAAUGUAACUGAUCGCAACAAUGAGUCUGACCCUGCCAUUGAUAAUGCCUCCAACAGUGACAUUAACUUGAAAUAUAGCACUGAUUUAGACAGUGCUUCUGAUCUGGCAAAAGAUUUCAGUCAACACAGUAAUGCUACCAAGAGUAGCACAAAUCCAAACGCUGCCUCUGGAAACAAAAAUAGAACUGUGCUAGACUACAUUUCUGGUUCCAACAAUGAUGCUGUCCCUCGAAAUGACACUGGACAAGGAAAUAAUACUUACUCUGAGAAUAUUAGACCAAUUGCCCACAGUUUUGACUUCAUCAAAAAUGAGACUGAUUCUAACAACAAUCCCAGUCCCCCAAAUAGCCAUAGACUACCAAAAGAUCUUGAGUCUAACUAUAAUACCAAACCCAGUAAUGCUAUUAGUCACAAUGUUGUUAAUCCUAACAAUAUUUCUGAUCCUAACUAUGACACAGAGUCUACUAGCACUGCUGUUCACAAACAUACAGCUGCCAUAAAACAUUAUUCAGACCUUAAUGAUGUCACAGUGUUUACAUACAAAGUAAAACCAAGUUUUCUAGUCAACCCAAACUAUUUUUGCAGAAAGAAAUAUGUUAGUAGACCCAGCUCUUUACUUAGCACUACCAAUGCCAUUGAUACUAGCAACAUCACCAGCUAUACUAAUGCUAUUAGCUCUCAGUUUACUGCUGGAAAAAGCUAUACCCCAGAAAAUAAACAUUUCCCUAGAUUUAGUCAUUUUAAUGGUUUCAAUAUUAUCAUCAAAAAUAUUCAGAAUGCUCAUAAUUCUACUAGUACCACCAAUACUAAUAUUUUCACUGAUACGGAAUUAAAAAUCAGCUUCAUAUCAUCUAUUCUUAAAAUUAUUUAUGGAAAUAUCUCUAAUUUUAUUGCUGGCACCAACCAUAAUUCUUAUCCUGAUUUUUUGAUAACCUCUGAAUUUUAUGAUCCACUUGAACUUGGUAGAGCUUAUAUAAUUUUUGAUAACCAAAAUAUUGGUGCUCAGUUCCAAAAUUCUGCUGCAUACAUGGACUCUGAUACUUCUAAGUAUUCCACUGGGUCAGCAGAUGCCCUUGAUGCCAAAGAAUCUGGCUUUUUAAAAGAUUUUCCUAGGGUCCAGAAUCCAAUUGGCAUCAAGGAUUCUUCUCCUUUCAAGAUUCUUUCCAAUCAAAAUAUUACACUCCCUAGUUUUGAUAUUAUAGUGGAAGCUGAACUACCAGAUGUUGUGAAGUUUGCUAUAUCAUCAGGUGCUGUGAACCAAUUAUUUAAGUUGCUUGACAGCUACAGAAGUGCUUCAAGAGGUGAAGGGGGAUCUUUGGCACGAUCUGCUUGGGGACCUGAAGGAGGACGACCUGUCAGAUUUGAAAGGGGUUAUGCUGUAAAUCCUGCUAAAGAUCUUUCUAUGAUGCCUGCUCAAGGACAUGCAAUGAUUCCUGCAAGGGGCCGUUCCAUGAGUCCUGCAAGAGGAUACUCUGAGAGAUGUGGUAGAGAACGUGCUGUGAGUCUUACAAGAGGAUACACUAAGAGACAAGCAAGGUCAAGAAUGAUGAGUCCUUUCAGGAUGCAUGCUGUGAGUUCUGCACAGGAAACUACUCUGCAACCAGCACAAAGAUGUCCCAUGAGACGUGAAGAAGAAUUUAUUCUGGGAGCUGCAGUGGGACUUACCGUGAAACCAGCAGAAAGAUAUGAUGAAGAAACUUCUAAACUUACCAGACAAUCUACCCAGUAUGCUUCUGAUGAUGAUCCAAAUGAAAAAAAGCAGGAAGACAGAAGAGAAGAAGAGAAGGAGGAGCAAGAGAAGCAGACAGAGGGAGAGGAAGAAAAGGGAGAGAAAGGGAAUAAAUUUAUUAGGGAUUUUAUAAAUUGCUUCAUGAAGGCAAAGGCCCAAAACUGGAUCGAUUUGUCUUGGUUUAAAAGGCUCUUGCCCACAUUUUUCUCUGAGGAAGACCGUCGUUCUUGUUCUAAACCCCGAUUUUGUGCAAUAGCCUGUACUGAAAUGGGCCAUGGGAAAUGCGAGGGAUGGCUUUGGCAUAAGAGAGAAUCUAGAGGAAUCUCCUUUUUUAGUUGGAAAAAAUACUGGUUUAUUUUGAAACACUCAACUCUCUACUGGUUCUCACAUCUGAAUGACACCAAGGCUGAUGGUUUCAUUUACCUACCAGAAUUCCGAAUUGACUUAGCUCCACACUGCAGAAGAGAAUUUGCUUUCCAAGCCACCCAUGCAAGAAUCAAGGAUUUCUACUUUGCUGGUACAUGCUUGGAUGAGAUGAAUUAUUGGAUUUGUCAGAUGUUACAGCUAGCACUUGGUUCUUCCUUUGGAGAUGCAGCUGCUAAUGCAGAAUACAGACAUAUGAGUGCUAAGCUUUAUGAAAAAUGUGUUAUGGCCUUAAAGAGAAACUUCCCUGUGAUUUGGUGUAACUUCUGCCAAGAAGCAACUACCAUUGUUUCUGUGAAUCCAAACUUCCAAUACAGACGUACUCAAAAUAUUUCUGAUGAAUUCAUUUAUUUCCGUCCUAUUAAUGCGGAAAUUGAGGAAAGGGACAGAAAACAAAAAGAAGAGAAUGCAACUUUGGCUGCCCAGCAACCCAUCCGUGAAGGUAUCCAUCAGAGGGACUUGGGGCUUACGAAUGAGGUGGUGACAGUUACCACCCCCCCACUAACUAAGGAGUUAGAAAGCAUUGCUCUUGUAAAACCAAAAACUUCAGGGCUUCUUCGCAUAGAGAAAGUACCAAUUAAGUCUCCAGGGUUCCCAGAAUUUGAACGCUUAGAUGUUACAGGAAUUGCCAGUCCAGAGGAAAGGGGAAAAGGCACCGCAAUACUUGUUGCCGGUGUGCCUGGAAAGGAGGAUCUAGAUGAUACAGAAAUUCCAACUUUGCAAUUCACUGGGUUUGUACACCUGGAGUCUUUAAUAAAUGAAUCUUCACCAUCCUCCUCAGAAUACAGUCGCCCAGGAACCCCAAGAAAUUUAUGGAUGGAAUCUCCAGAAAAUGCAGAGUCCCCAGGAAGUGAUGAUAUGGAAGUAGCAAGAAGCAUGUAUCCUUUUAGAGAAAGAUCCAUCUUUCGGCGUUCCUGGGCAGAGCUCUUAGAGGCACCACUAAACAGUGAGGGGCUCCAUAUUCUCCAAACUAGUCCCAGGGAAGAAAACAGAGAUAUGGGUUACAGCAAACUAACAUCAGAAGAAGAGAAUCAAGUAAUCAUCCUCCCUGAAGACCAACAUUUCCAAGCUUUGCAAGGCCCUUUCCCCUUGUUGCCCGAGCGCCCUAAGCUCCAGCGGCAGCGCAGUCGGAGCUUACCAAGAUACAGUGAAGUCAAAGGCCAAUACUUAAAUGCACCAGAAUUCAAAUUAAAUGCAGAAGAAACUCACUUCUUCCCACAUGACCAUGAUUUACUAACAGAAGAAAACAUCAAGAGAAGAUACAACAUGGAGGGAGCUCAGCAAAGAACAAUUCCAUCACAUUUUGGAGAACAUCUUUCCAUCAGGCCAAGAUUUGAGAACUCCGCAAUUCGAGGAAACAUUGGAAUUCCUGAGGAUAAUUAUGCGUGUCCCAGAGGCAAUGUUAGAAUUCCCAAGAAUAAUGUCAAUACUAUCCCCAUGGUUAAUGUUGGAGUGCCCAUGGAUAAUCCUCAAUUUCUUAGAGGCAAUGCUGGAGUUCCCAGGGGCAGUGAGUUUGGCGUUUACAUGGGUAAUAGUGGUAGAACUUCCGGACAUAUGGUAUCUUCUCCACUCACUGAGCUCUCAAAGAUAGGUGAACACCAGUUAUAAAAACUGAUACUUUACAAUGCUGUCCAUUGAAGAAACAAACUAAAACACUUAACA